CCAUUUUCUCUGUUUUCCGUGCAGGAGUGUAAAGAUGGUAGGCGCCAGCUUAUUGCUACUGGCUGCAUUGACCUAGCGGAUUAUAUCAGCCAGACAAACAAAACAUUUGACAUGACUGUCACAUUAAAACCAGCAAUGAAGAAUGUUCUAUGGGGAACAAUCGAUUUCAACUUAACAAUAACACCAUGGUGAGUAUUGUGUAAUACGUGCUGUGUUUAGUAACUUUCCUCCUCCAGUAUCUUCUACUUUUUUGAAGAGGCAUAAACUAUUAAAGAGAGUCAAUGAAACAAAGGUGAGGAUCGUUGUGAGCAUUUUUGAGUGAUGGAAGAUGCCUUCAGAUUAAACUGGGUUGUCGAGAACUCGCGUUCGGCUGUCAAAAACGAAGAUCAAACCAAAAAAACGCCAUCUACGUAACAAAGUUUUAAAAUCUAGCUUUUGGACGCAAUCUCCUAUCGCAGUAGUAUCUUCUCUAUUCUCCUAGGUAAGGAUUUGUACCAGAAUUUCAACUGUCAAUAAAAAAGCCCAAAAGCCCUUCCAAAGGGUCAGACUUAAGUAAUUCAUAUUGGGCUCUAAAUAAGAGCAUGAGACUGAAAAAUAUUUUCUGAAUAAUAACUUGAAUUUAACUGAAGGGUUCACUUAAAUAUUGCUUACUAGAAAUUAAUGUGUAGCCGGUCAGGAAGGAUCGAUGGAAAUCAUCAGCAUCAAUAAUGUGCACAAGUUUGAAGCCAUCCUUAAAAACCUUCUGGAUCGGCCUCUGAAGUGCCAACUAAAAUUUACCCAAUGUUGUCACUUGUUAGAUUUGUUACAGUUUUUUUUGUUAUUUCGUUUGAUUUUCUUUUUACCCCGAAACCUUUUUGUUCUAUUUUGCCCAAUCUUUUGCGUUUGUUUAUAUUUGUUAAUAGAAGAUAUCAAUAACCCCUCUGGACUAGUACAUGUUUCCCGCUCGCUCUGGUUUGUGUCUAAUUCACGUUUUGCUUAUCACAGCCAAAGAGAUGAGGAAAGUCAGGAAAUAUUCCGGGAAAUCAUGGCAGACGCUUUUAAAUUAGCCAAGCAGAGGAUUGCCAAAAAUGUUUCCUCCACGAAACACAGGGAUCCACUUCUGUUUCCCUUUGUCGAUAAACCAUCAGAGAUUCCUUAUACACCAAAGAAAAGAAAGAGCAAGAAAAGAAGAACCAAAGAUAGAGCAAAUAACACGCCUGACAGUAAUAACGCACAUGAAGGGGAAGCAAAAGAGAAAAUGAACAGUUCUCAACCACCGCAGCCAGUCACUCAUCCAUAGUGAGUAUUGUGUAUAUUUAAUUUAAUUUAUAAGCACAUUGUGUAUGGUAAUUUAUAAAUUGUCUUCUGUAUGUGCUCUCGUAGAAUCCUUUUUUUCAAACAUGUCUCUGGUACUUGAUUUUUUUGAGCGUUCAUGAAGUGUAUAAUCCGAGGCCAGGAAGGACGGAAGUCAUUAGCUUCAAUCACGAUGUGUACACAAGUUCAGACUCUCCUCCACAAAACUGAAUCUUCUGGAUCACAGAGUUAUCUCAACUAUUUUAAUACAAGAGGGCACCAAAACAUUAUUUUUUUUACUCAAUCUUGUUAUUUGUGUCACUAACUAGACUUCUUGUAGCAUCUUUUAUUUUUUCUUGAGCCCCAAACUGUAUUGAUUUUCCUUUUAGUAUUCUUUCGAUUUAUGCCAUUUUUAUACAUGUUCAUGUUUGCCAAUAUUAGAUAUAAAUAACCCCAAUUGUCUAUUUACUUCCCUGCUCGCUCAGUUUUUUAUCCUAUUCAUGGCUUGCUUGUUUUCAUCAUAGUCGAAGCAAUGAGGAUGAAAUCCGUGAGAUCAUGGCAGACGCUAUCAGAUCAGCCAAGCAGAGAAUAGCCAAAGCUGCAUCUUAUAUGGAGCACAUUGAUCCAUUUCUGUUUUCCUUUAUCAACAAGCCAUCAAAGGAUCCUACCUCUGGCAAAGAAGGGGCAGAUAACAUGCUUGACAAUGUUAACAACGAUUAUGGAAGGAAGGCAAAGGUGGAAAACAAAAGUCCUCUUCCAGCGCGGCUCGCGGCCACUGCUCCAGCACUAAAUGAUGGCUCUUCAGGAUGCGGUGAAAAAGGCGACAUGCCGCCUUGUGGCUCUGGAACAUCUGGUCAACUCACUGCACCUGACGUGUUGGAGAAUGGUCCAGAACAAGGUAGAGUAACAAACCAAAAACAUACAAUGUAAACUCUUUGUAGAAAAGCGCAUAGCGAGUAUAAAGGUGAGCAUUACAUCCUACCCACAUCUUAAUCAAAUCUACAUUCUGGUAGUUCAGCAAAUUCGCCUUUUUCCGUGUUUGGAGCCGACUAAUUUGUGAAGUGGAAUCCUACAUUGAAGGGGACCAUAGUCAGUUGUCCGCAAUAGACGCGACAAGAAUUGCAAUCGCCAUAUAGCCUUCAUAUAGCCUGUUCCAGGCUCCAAGACAUUAGCGCAUGCGUGCAAUAAAGUGAUGCGAAAAAGGAGUUGGGCCCGAUCUCGCACGUGUUAUUUUUGCUUGGUUUGUUUUAUUUUCGCGUCGUUCUUCCCAUCUGACAUCUUGGCAGAGAGCAUAAUAGCCGAGGUCGCCAGCUCCUUACUGAGGAAAAUCUGAAAGGAAGCUCCAAAAAAAAAAUGAAACUUAAAUGUAAUUGAUAACUAAAUCAUCUUCUGAACACCCAAAAACCAUUUAAAUAGAUUGUCUGUCUGUUUCAGCAGCAUCUGUGAAUUACCCUGAACUGUCAGCUUAUGUGAGCGCAGAGAUGAAGUCACUCCAGGAAGAAAUUGAUUCCCUGAGAAAAGUAACAGUCAAGCUAGAAUCUGAAAUGCGUCAGGCAGUGGAGAUUGAAGGUCAGUAAUGGCCUACAAUCCUUUAAUCAAAAUCUCUUUUAAGAGUUUAAAAGCCAGUACAUAUGUUUGAAUGACAUGUAAUGGUUCGGCUUUAGUCGAAGCUGACGCCAUCAGUUGUUCAAACCAUAGCACUAUCCACCUAAUAAAUCACAAUUUAGGGGAUAAGUUUUAAAGAAACCAAUUGUGUUAUCUACUGGAUAAAGAUUUUCAAAGAGUUAUCAACUGGAUGGAUGGUAUUUUUAACCUUUUGUACAGGAUCAGGGCUAUUGUUAGUCCGUAUUAAAUGGUGGCAGCAUUUAAUCAAAUCUGAGUUUCAUUUCUCAUUUGUAUGUAAAGAUAUUUUUCUAGAAGCAGUCGAAACUGACAAAAUAUCUGAUGAAUAUCUUGUAUUUAGAGUGCAAAGAGGAGCUUGAUGGUCUAAAACAAGACUGGAUGAUUUUGUUGAGUUACAGAGACGAGCUGGAAAAGAGACAAGCUGAUCUUCAAAUUCUGUAA